AAUUUCAGAGUCUGGCGGCCUGGCCCCUUUGUUGACUGGAAACAUCCAAAAGAAGGGAGCCGGGGGUUUUAUUUUAGAAGAAGAAGAAAUGGCGAAGUCCUGUAAGGGCCUUGCUAUGGAAUUGGUCAAAUGCCUCAGCGAAUCCGAUUGCGUUAAGGUUGAGAAGAAGAGUUUCAGGGAAUGUGCUAAGGAAAAGAGUCCAUGUAUUCCUAGUGAAUGUGUUGGACUCAGGGAAACUUACUUCAAUUGCAAGAGAGGACAGGAACCACUGAAAGUGUCCGUGGCUCCACUUGAAUUAGAAGAAUAAUAUGAGAUAAGAUGCUUAAUUGAAGUGGACAUGAGAGCUCGAAUACGCGGAAAUAAGGGGUAUUAAUUGGUAGUGCUGGUGCAAACUCCUCAAAUAGGAAGUAUGAUAUUUCCCUGAUUGGGCUGCAUGUGUUGUACAUGCAGUGUCUUUGUACAAAUUUGCCAUCUACAAUUUUCUCAGCGAUAGCACAUAUUACAAGCUUCUUGGAUACACAAUUACUUGACAGAUUUGUACUAGGUGUUUUGGACCCUUCUUAAUUUUGAAUAGUGUUGAUAUUGGUUUUGAAGUUGUGGAAGAGGGUUUAGUUAUCACUUCUCAUCUUGAAUGAUUAAUUUGUUUUUCUUUCACUCUUGUGCCAUGAAGAGAUGAUUUGCUUAUCUAUUUCUUAGCACAAGUUCUUGGUGGGAUUUUUUGUCCUCAAUUGAAUAAAAUGAAUCUCUUUGAAUU